AUGCACAGCAACAAAGCUUGUGUGCGCACCGCCAAUCUCCAUGGGGUCCCAGCUCUUUUGAAAGUGCUGCGCCGAGCCUUUAUCAAUGGCCCCAUGAUCAACUUAGAAGAGCCUCUCUCAUAUAACGCCGACACGCCUGGACGGCCUUAUCUUGAAGACUUCCAACACAUGGUGUUGAGCGCAGCGAUGUACUUUGGAGGACGAAUCACGGUUGUUGUGAUCCCAAAGUUGCCAGACGACGAUACGACAGUCUCUAAAGACGAAAUCGCAGUGUCUGCCAUUUGGAUGCCCUCACAUCCGAAUUGGGCUCGGCCACCCUUUGACUCUUUUGCGCACAGGGCUUCUGAGGCUAUUGUGGAGAUUAGGAUGGACGGGAGCCCGGGUGCGCCGGAUCUUGCUUUUCAGCGCGUCAAUCUGAGAGCUCUCUGCUCUUCACUCUAUUCCGCGAUGCUUGGGGGCUGUCCUCACCCUGCUUCUAGCUCCGACGGAGAUGUUAGACUUCCUUGGCAUGUUUGUGAGCCUUACUUCUACUUCCUUAUCGGUGCUCAAUCUACGAUAGAUUCCUUCGCACAAUUCAUAGCAUUCUAUGUUGCCGCUUGCUCCUCCGCAUCCGUACCUCGGUGGCCGACCACAGAACUCGAUACUCCACCCAUGUCGACCACCUUCAUACAUCACACGUCUCGCAAGGCAUGGUAUUCGAGGCGGGCGUAA